CAUAUUCUGGCGAGCCGAAACUCUGAAAGUCGUUCAGUUUCUUCAUCAUCUUCUUCCUCCUCUAUUUCCCGGAAUCCAGCGUCAGUAGUUGGUCACUUUCGGUCCGGCAGUUAGCCGGCGCCUCGAGAUAUGUUCACCAGGGGCUCAAAGAAGCGGCGGUCCAGGCGAUCGGAAGAACUUGAAGAUCCAGACCGUGGGCAGCCUUGUAUCCGCUGUGGGGAGCAGUGUCCUGGAUUCCGAAUCCAUGGUUGGAGAAAAAUCUGCCUGCAUUGUAAAUGUCCAAGGGAAGAUCAUGCAGUUCGGGCAAUGCCUGGAGAUUUGGAAAAGAUGAUGUACAAACUUGUUUCUGAUUUCCAGAGGCAUUCCAUCUCUGAUGAUGACUCUGGCUGUGCAUCUGAGGAGUACGCCUGGGUGCCCCCAGGCCUUAAACCUGAACAGGUUUACCAGUACUUCAGUUGUAUUCCAGAGGACCGUGUUCCAUAUGUAAACAGCCCUGGCGAGCGCCACAGAAUUAAACAGUUGUUGCACCAGUUACCAGCUCAUGACAGUGAGGCACAGUACUGCAAUUCGCUCGAUGAAGAAGAGAAGAAAGAGCUUCGCCUGUUCAGCCAGCAAAGAAAACGAGAAAACCUGGGUCGCGGGACUGUACGACUUUUCCCCGUAACCAUGACAGGCGCCAUAUGCCAGCAGUGUGGAAAACAGAUCAGAGGAGGUGACAUUGCUGUGUUUGCUAGCCGUGCAGGCCAUGGAGCUUGCUGGCAUCCACAGUGCUUCCUGUGCUCCACCUGCAAUGAGCUACUGGUGGAUCUUAUCUAUUUCUAUCAGGAUGGAAAAAUCUACUGUGGAAGGCACCAUGCAGAGAGACUUAAACCCCGAUGCCAGGCCUGUGAUGAAAUUAUCCUGGCAGAUGAGUGUACAGAGGCAGAGGGGCGCCACUGGCACAUGAAGCAUUUCUGCUGUUUUGAGUGUGAGGCAGCAUUGGGUGGACAGCGUUACAUCAUGAGAGAAAGUCGUCCAUAUUGCUGCUCUUGCUAUGAGUCACUGUAUGCAGAGUACUGUGAUAGCUGUGGAGAGAUCAUUGGUAUUGACCGUGGACAGAUGACCUAUGAAGGUCAGCACUGGCAUGCCACAGAAACCUGCUUCUGUUGUGCCCAUUGCCAGCAGCCCCUUUUGGGCCGUCCCUUUUUGCCCAGGCAGGGGCUGAUAUUCUGCUCACGUGCUUGUAGUUUGGGUGAAGACCCCAAUGGCUCAGAUUCUUGUGAUUCAGCAUUUCAGAGUGGUUAUAGCAGUAGCACCCUACAGCGGCUGGGAGAGGCUCGCCGUAGUGGACGGAAAGGGAAGAGCAGUAGUGCUGGAAGCUCGACUGAUGCCAGGGCUGCAGUGUCCAGUAUAGAGGGAGGAAGAGGUUGUUGUGUUGCUAAUGGCCUCCCUACGGCACCCGUAGCCAUGGUGGCUAAGACCAAUGUCCAGUCUCCAACUAAUCCUGCUGAACAUUUGCAUGAAGGCUUAAAUGGAAAACACAUGGUAGUAGCAAAUGUAUCAAAUGGUAGUAGUGGCACAGGAAAUUACUUCAGGACAAAUCGGCCAGUCAGCUGUGUAGAAUUUAAGGAAAUCCCCAAUCACCACUUUAGCCACUCACCUCCUAAAUAUACAUCUCGUGGAACCUCCACGUCAAAGGACAGUAACGGCAAACAGGAUCAAACAAGCAUAGAUGCGGAGCAUGCCGAUUGUCCCAAGACAACUCAUAUGCAACGCUUUUCCAUGCCUGACUUGGAAAACCGUGCUAAAGAAGGUGAUGUUCCUCCUGCCACCUCCUCUUUAGAGAGGUCAGAUUCUUUUAAAUCAAAACCAAAUCCAGUUCAGCCCUCCUGUAAUUCAUCUCAGCCAUCCGGUGGAAAUGUCAGCAGUGAUGUCCAUUUGCCACGGUCCACAUCAGCACGAGUUAGCUUUAGGGACCCAAUCAGCAGCAGCUUUCAGGUGGAAGAUGAAGAAGAGUUGGAUCAGGAAGAGGAAAUUCAAAAGCAGGAGGAGACCGAGUGGGAUAUACCCUUUAGAAACAGAAAGGCCUCCACCCCACCACUGCCACGAGCGCACUUGGCAGAAAUGGACCUCCUAGCAGAUGGAAUGAUUCAGCAUCGCAGUUUCCGGCGGCGGAGAGGCGGACGAGGCAAGGCAAGCACCGAUAAUGUACUGCACAUGGGAACAGAACAGCGUUUUCGCAAACAGAGAACGGAAAGGCCACGUAUAUACACUGGUGAAGAGUUUAUCUCUUCUGAACACCGUCUUAGUGGACAGACAUAUCCUCCUGAUCUAACAAUUCGGACACGUGGUGGUGACCGCAGGCGGCACACCCACAGUCAGGAGGACCGCUGUUCCACUUGCUCUUCUUCCUCUGACUCGGAGGAGGAAGGCUACUUUCUUGGGCAGCCCAUUCCUUUGCCACCACAGCUGAGGACCUACAAUGAAUCAAACAGAGGUAGACUGGUGCAGGAGGACAUGCAAGGUGGGGCCAGGGAAAAGAGAAAGGGACGUCCAAGGAGACGGGCCACCAGUAAGGACAGAGACAAGAACUGCAUAGUUUCUUGAUACUGCAUGGGAAUCACUGUAGGAGGCCUUGAUAUUUCAAACAUGGACAUUAUUCUCUUGCUAUUGACUCUCCUUGUUGGACAAGAAAGUCUUUGUUGGCUCUUUUUUAUUUCAAUUAAAAAAAAACAAAAACCUUCUGAUCCAGAUGAUGGACUGAAAAAGACACCUAAGAGGGGGAUCCUUCAUCAAAGGUGUUAUCAGGUAGUUCUUGCUGGCAGUUUUGACAGUUUAUUAAUGUUGGACUGAUGUAAAAUGGAUUAACCUCUUAAGAUGUUAGAAAGUUUUGCACACACAGAUGACCUUUAAAAGGUAGUGGUUUUUUUUUAUGCACCCUACCCAUUAGUCUCUAUUUUUUAGAUGCUUUUUGUUCACUUUCUUUGUGUGAGAUGCACCCUCGUUGGAAUGGAUGAGUAUAAUUCAGACCUUUAGGACUUCAGCCCUAACGCACCAUUAUUUGGAAAUGUUUCCUGUUCUGCCCCACCCCACAUGGUGAAGAACACGCCAUGCUUGACUGCUUUUCAUCUAACAAGAAUGAACUCUUACUGCCAAAACACACAUGCUGUAAAUAACGUUUACUGUCCUGGACAGCAAGCACCUAAAGAGCCAAGUUUUCAGAACUGUAGUCUUCCUGUUUGAGCUUUUUAAUGUGGUACUGAAUUAAAUGCCCAGAUUUAUUAUAUGGCAUCUGCCUUUUGCCAGCACGGUCUUACAUUUGCAGGCAAUUAAAAACUUGUUUUUUUUUAUUAUUAAAGUUCUGUGAUCUGGGAUGGAGCUCACUAGUAAUUUCAGCAUUGAUUGACUGAUUUUGUUUUCAAGUUUUUAACCUUUUCAUAAUAUUUAAAAAUGUGGGAGUGCUUAGCCUUGCAGAUAAUGAAGAUCUGGGAUUGUGUUUCUUAUAUGGAAGGCAGGAUUAAGGAAGCUGCACUCCUCAGUUCUUUAGAAGCAUGAAGAAGUACUUGUGUCACUGUGCAAUAACUACAGUUAUGGAACUGGCAGCUGUCAAGCGCAUUACAAAUGAUGAUGGUCUGCUAGUCAACCCUAAUGUACAGUCUGUCAUACAAAGCUGGAACAUGGAUGAAUGUGGUCUACUGGAAAAGUGGGUUCAUUUCCUUUGGAUAUUGCAUUAAAUAUGCACUUGAGUGUAAUUCUGUUAUCAAUCAUUAUAGAAGCUGCAUAUUGGGAUUAAUCCCAAUUAUAGGUUACAUUUCGCUAUAAAUAAUAGAGAUUACAUUUUACUUAAAAGUAUUUGAUGAACUUAUGAAAAAAAAAAUCAUUUUUGGUAAACUGAGAAAAGAGAGUUUCGUCUUUUUCAGAAACACCGUUUAUUGGUAUAAAAUUGUCAUUAAGAGGUCAGCAGGCAGCACCACGGGGUCUGAACGGUACAAUGACAGUCCACCACAGUACAACAGCAGUGUGUAACUUGCAUGGGGAGAGCAUUGUGGAGUGAGGGUUUCAAGUGAGAUUCUAGUGAGCAGUUUAACUUUGUUAUAACUUGAUAAACACUAAAUGGCUUCCCUUCUGUACAGUGUAUUCUUUUUCCAGCUUUCCGUUACUUUACAUGGCCAUUAACCCACCAGGAAUGUUAAGCUGGUCCAGACAGUAAAUUACAUCUGUUACACUUUAAAAGCAAACUAUUUCUAAUUGAGAGGGAGGAUUGGGGGGGAUUUAGACAUUAAGGGGAUGAAUAUAAAAGCAACUCUGCACAAUAUAAUGUUCAGAGUACCAGUUCCACAUAAAUUAUUUUGGCAAUAAAAGCUGAAUAUAUUGGAGAGGGAACUGGAAAUGUCUAGAUAAGGGGUGGCUAGUGUAACUCCAUUGUCAAAGUUAGUUUUUCCUAAUAGCAUACGCCUCAGAGGUAAAACUUGCAACGUUGUAGACAACCAGCAGGCCAAAGGUGUACAAAAGUAAACAUUUUUAGUGCUAGAUGGGAAAAGUGUAAAAAAAAAAAAAU